AUGGAAUUACUUGUAUUAUCUCAAAUGUACAGAAUGAUUUUAAUAACAUUCUACAUUAUUAUACAUAUUAAUCAUUUAUUUUCAUUGGAUACUUUCAAUUCCAAAGAGACUAGUAACUUAAAAAAACCAAUCAUUAUUGAAGCACCAAAUGAUCAUAUUACUAAUGAGAAUAUACUAGAAUUUACAUGUAAAGCUGAAGCUAAUCCAAAACCUUUAAUUAUCUGGUAUAAUGCAAGUACAAAUCAACCACUUGAAGAUAAAUUACAAACGAGUAGUUAUCAAACAAGUAUACAUGUGAAUAAACACUUAGGUAAAUUAUUGAUCUCUAAUCCAAUACCAGGAAAAUCUUAUUCUGUUUACUGUAAUGCAUCUAAUUCAAUUGGUUGGGUAAUAAGUGAUCCACCUGUGAUUGGAGCAGUUGUUUAUUUAAAUUUCGAAUUUUAUUUAAAUCCAUCCAAUACUGAAGCUGAUGAAGGAACUAAUGUAACACUUGAAUGUCUACCUCCAAAAGGUUUUCCAAAACCUCAAAUUUUAUGGAUCAAAGAUAAUAAAACUAUGAUCAGUGAAGAUAAAAUACAAAAUUCUCAUGAUUUAGAUUUUUCAAAUGUUAAAAUUAUGCCAAAUGGUAAUUUAAGAAUCCAUUCAGUUAGUAUUAAAGAUACAGGAAAUUAUGUUUGUAUUGCAAUGAAUCCAAUUGGACAAAGACUAUCUCAAUCAGCCUAUUUACAUAUUAAAUCAUUGGAUCAUAAAUAUACAACUCCAAAACAUAUUCGAAUAAGACAAGGUCAACAAGUCAAGUUAAUUUGUCCAAUUCAUAAAAAUCAAUCAAUAAAAUGGAGUCGUAAAUCAAAACAAUCUCUCAUUAUAUCUGAAAGAAUUCAACAAAUAAAAAAAGAUUUAAUCAUUCAUCGUGUACUACAUUCGGAUUCGGAUAUUUACAUGUGUACUACAUUGAAUGGUGAAAUAAGUGAAAUACAUCUUAUUGUUGAAACACCACCAAUAUUCUUAAAAUCACCUGUUGAUUUACUCUUAAAUAUUGGUGAUAAAGCUAAAUUUAUAUGUAUAGCUAAUGGUAAUCCUAAACCUGGUAUUUAUUGGGAAUUACCAGAUAAAACUCCAAUUUUUCCAACAGAUCAUAAUUCAUUACAAUCUACAUCAUCAUUAAAUAGAUAUAUUGUUCAUACUAAUGGUACAUUAGAAAUUAAUUCAGUAACAUUAAAAGAUGCUGGUAAAUAUUAUUGUAUUGCACAUUCAUCUAUUGACAUGGUACAAACAAGUGCUAUGUUAAGAAUAAAACUUAAAAUUAUUUAUCCUAAUGAAUAUCCAAAUUCAAAUGAUCAUAAUAAUAAUAAUAAUAAUAAUAAGGAAUACUUUGAUAUUCAAAUUUUACAAAUUAAUAAUUUACAAUUAAAUGAUACUGGUCUAUAUACAUGUCUAUUAAUAGAUCAUCAAAAUAUCAGUUAUCAAAUGACAAUGCUAUUAAAUGUAUUAUUAUAUAAAAUCAAUAAAACAAUUAUUGAUUAUUUACAAGAAUAUCCAAUAACAUCACCAAAUCAUUUAUAUAUUAUUAAUAAAACAGAACAAACAAUCACAUUAACAUGGAAACCACCAUUGAUUUAUUAUAAUAAAUAUAAUUAUGAUCAAUCAAUAUUAUCGAUUAAUUAUUGGAUUGAAAUAUAUACACCUAAAAAAUUAUAUGAUGGUUGGUUAAUCAUUGAACGUAAUUGGCCAAUAAAUAUUAUUACAUUAAAUGGUUUACAAUAUAAUAUACCAUAUUAUAUCAUUAUACGUGCUAGAUUAGGUAAUGGUCGUAUAGGAUGGGCAAGUUAUCCAUAUGGACCAUUAAUCAUUCAUAAAAAUCAAUAUAUUACAAAAUCAAUAGAAAUUAAAAAUAUUCAAUUAACUGUAUUAUCCCCUAAAUCAAUACAUAUUAGUUGGAAUCUAUAUGAAUAUGCCUAUAUCUUAUCACAAAUUCAUGGUUAUAUUAUAUAUUAUCGUCAUGUAGAACAUAUGAAAUGUUUACAUGGCAACUAUUUACAUAAUGUUCAUUUAAUGAAACAUUAUUGUAGUUUAAAUCCUAUCAAUUAUCAUACAUCUAUUAAUAAAGAAUAUGAACAAAAUAAUACCGAUUCUAUUACAUCAUUACCUGGUGUUAUAUCAACUAUAACAAUAGAAGAACAUUAUAGGAUAAAUGAUAAUGAAUUAAAACAACCUAUUAAUCAUAAAGUAACAACAUUAUUAAAUAAAUUAAAACCAUUUCAUUGUUAUGAAAUAGAAACUACUGAUAUAUUUACACAUACAGCAUUGACUUAUGAAACUAGUCCAUUAUCACCACCUAGAAACAUAAUUAUAAAUUGGUUACUAGAUAACAACAACAAUAAGAUAGAAGUGAAUUGGUUACCACCACCUAUCUCUGAUUGGAAUGGUAUUAUACUUGGUUAUAUUAUAUAUAUACAUAAUGAAUUAUUAAAUUUAUAUCAGAAUAUGAAUGUUAGUUCAAAUCAUAGAAAGUUAUUAAUUCAUUUAAAUAAAUUACCAAAAUUAUUUCAUAUUCAAUUAGCUGCUUAUACAUGUAUUGGUAUUGGGAUUAAAAGUGAAUCGAUCAAAAUUGAUCUCGAUCAAAAAAUCAAUUUACAAAAAAACGAUCAUGAAUUAUCGAUCAUUAAAACUAUUGAAGAUCUCAAAUUAUCAUCAUCAUCAUCAUCAUCAUCAUCAUCAUCUUCUAUAUUCACAAAUGAUUCAAUAAACGAUCAUAAAUUAAUUCAUCAAUCAUGGUUUAUUAGUGUAAUGAUGAGUAGUUUAUUAGCAUGGUGUAUUUUAUUCACUGUAUGUCUUAUAUGUUGGUUACAUCGUAAUAAAUUUUGUAAAAAACAAUUGACAUAUCAAUUAUCACAAUCUACUAAUGUAGAUCAUAAACAUUGUAAACCAAAUACAAAUAAUAUCAAUGAUCAAUCUAUGAUACAAACGAAUGGUUAUUCAAAUCAUCAUCAUCAUCAUAUAAGUAAUAGAUCUAUAACUAUAAGUAGUAGUUCAGGUGAACAAACAUUUGACAUAAAAACCCAACCUCAAAUUUCCUAUUUAUCCAUUAGACAAUCAUCAGAGAAUAAUUCAAAUGAUAGUUCAAAGAGUUAUGGUUUACAAUAUACAGAAUAUUCCGAUGAAUCACAUAUGAGAUCUUCAUCUAAGACAAUGGGUCAUUUCCGUACAGGGAAUAACAUGAUCGGAAAUCCUAUAAACAAUAAUAAUUCUAUUAAACCACAAUUAUUUCAAACAGUUACUAGACAAUUUACUUCAAAUUCACCAUAUUUUACUAAUGAUAUACAUGAUCCUAUCAAAACAAAUUCAUUACAUUUUACAUCCCCAUCACAAACUAGUUCUGAACCAUUUGAUUCAGCUAUUUAUUUAGAACAAAUAUCAAAUAAACAACAACAUUUGAAUGAUUCAUCUGGUUCUAUAUUAACACCGCCAACAUUAAUCACUACUAUCAAUGAUGAUCAAAUGAAUGAUUGUAUAAAUGAACAAAUUUAUUCACCUAUUGUAACACCAUAUGCAACUGCAUCUAUUAUACCAAAUGAAAAUUGUGAUAUUGGAUUACAAUCACCAAAACAACAAACUCAUUCAAAUAAUCCUAACCAUACGAAUCAUCAUCAGCAGCACCAUCAUCAUCAUCAUCAUCAGCAGCAGCAGCAGCAUCAUCAGCAGCAGCAGCAUCAACAACAACAGCAUCAUAAUCAUCUUAUCAAUGAUAAUACUUCACAAAAUAUGUACAUAACAUGUAUGGAUUUAUCUAAUUGUCAAAAAGCUACUAAUAUACCAAGUUGCUUAUAACUACUACUUAUAUACUUACAGUCAAUUUAAUGCUAAUUAUAUAAGAUUGAUAAUGUUUAUCAUAUGAAAACUAUUAUUGUUAUUAAACUUAUUCUAAGUAAUACAAUGUAAUUACUUAAUAUUCUCAUGUUUAUAUAUAAAUAUAUACAUAUAC